AUGCCUUUCAUUAACGGUAAAGAAGUCGGUCCCACUGGCUAUGGCACCAUGCGAAUGACUUGGACUGCUGAGCCAACUCCAGAUACCGCCGCUUUUGAAACCCUGAACAAGGCUCUAGAGCUUGGUGCCAAUUUCUGGAACGGCGGCGAGCUGUACGGGACCCCGGAGUACAACUCGUUGCACUUGAUGAACAAGUACUUCACCAAGUACCCCGAGAAUGCCGAGAAGAUUGUCCUCAGUAUCAAGGGAGGCCUGCAAGUUGGCUCUUUAACCCCAGAUGGCUCAGAAGAGAACAUACGCCGUAGCGUGGACACUUGUCUGAAGCUGGUGGGCGCGAAGAAGAUUGAUAUCUUUGAGUGUGCACGCCAGGAUCCGAACUUUCCUAUUGAGCAUACCGUGCAAGUUCUCGCGAAUUACGUGAAGGAAGGCAAGAUUGGCGGAAUUGGAUUGAGCGAGGUGGAUGCCGAGACAAUCCGGCGCGCAGCUAAGAUACACCCCAUUGCCGCAGUCGAGGUCGAGGUGUCCAUGUGGUCACCCGAUAUUUUCGAAAACGACAUCGCCAAGACAUGCGCUGAGCUCAACAUCCCCGUCGUUGCUUACUCGCCGCUGGGACGUGGCGCCUUGACCGGUGCCCUCACCUCGGUAUCCGACAUUCCCGAGGGCGACUUUCGCCAUCACUUGGCACGCUUCAAGGAAGAGAAUUUCCAGCAAAACAUGAAACUUAUCAAUGAGGUCAAGAGCCUAGCCGGUCGAAAGGGGGUUGCACCGGCUCAGGUGGCUUUGGGAUGGAUUCGAAGCCUGAGCGACAAGCCCGGCAUGCCUACUAUUAUUCCCAUCCCCGGAGGUACCACCGUCGAUAAGGUCACACAAAACCUGAGUGGAGUCAAACUUUUCUCCGUUGAGGAGAUGGCAGAGGUCGAUGCUAUUUUGAAGCAACAUACUGUUGCUGGAGGACGAUACGUGUAA